AUGGGGAUAAUCAUCCCAAUUUUUGUGUUGGUUUCAACGGUAGCAUUAACAUGGUUUCUUCUAAAGCAUAUGAGGAUGCGACAUAUCUUAAAGGUAAGAGAAAUUAUUUAAGAGAUUUUUGCAAAAUUCAAAAAUUUUCAGGAUAUUUGUCAACCUCGCUCAUAUCCAGUUGUCGGUCAUGGUUUGAUAACUCGACCAGAUCCAGAGGGAUUUAUGAAUCAAGUAAUUGGUAUGGGAUAUCUAUUUCCAGACCCAAGAAUGUGUUUAUUAUGGAUUGGACCAUUUCCAUGUCUCAUGUUAUAUUCCGCUGAAUUAGUCGAGCCAAUUUUGGCAUCCAGCAAACAUUUGAACAAAGGAUUUGCCUAUAAAUUAUUGGAACCAUGGCUAGGAUUGAGUAUUUUAACAAGUCAACGAGAACAAUGGCGACCAAAACGAAAAUUAUUGACACCAACUUUCCAUUAUGAUAUUCUCAAAGAUUUUCUUCCAAUUUUCAACGAACAAGCCAAAAUAAUGAUUCAAAAGAUGUGUUUAUAUGGUCCAACAGAUCCAGUUGAUAUUUUAUCAAUGGUCACAUUAUGCACAUUAGAUAUUAUUUGUGAAACUUCGAUGGGAAAAUCUGUGAAUGCGCAAUUAUCAAAAGAUAAUGAAUAUGUUUGGGCGGUUCAUACGAUUAAUGAUUUGAUACAGACGAGAACUAAGAAUCCACUUGUUUGGAAUAGUUGGGUUUAUAAACUGUAAGAUACUAAAGUUAUGUCUGAAUUAUAUUUUAAUGUUUUUCAGCACCGAAAAUGGCAAAACGCACGAAAAAUGUUUGCAAAUCCUCCAUAGUUUCACCAAAAAAGUCAUCGAUGAAAGAAAAGAAUCACUAGAAGAAUCAGAUUAUAAAAUCGAGAGUGGAAAACGAUUGGCAUUUUUGGACCUGCUUUUAGAUAUGGCGCAAAGUGGACAAAUUGCAAUGGAAGAUAUUCAAGCUGAAGUUGAUACAUUUAUGUUUGAGGGACACGAUACAACAUCAACUGGAUUGAUGUGGGCAUUGCAUUUGAUUGGAAAUCAUCCGGAAGUUAUGAGAAAAAUGCAAGAGGAAAUUGAUGAGGUUAUGGGGGAUGAUAUUGAUGUGACAACUGAACAUUUGGCUAGAUUGAAAUAUAUGGAAUGCGUGUUGAAGGUAAGUAACAUACAUGGCUCCCAAAACUGUGAGGGGGAAUAUGACAUUUGGAAAAAUUUUUGAGGGGAGGGGAUCAUUUUAGAAAUUUUGAAUUCACGCUCAAAUCAAAAUUUCGAUUUGGGCGGGUAGCUAAUGAAAAUUCCCGCUCGAAUCAAAAUUUUGGGGAGGAGGGAGAAUAUUACAUGAGGGGUCACCGAAUAAUUUUUUUCUGUAACUUUAACAGUUGAUUCUGAUUUUUUACAGUGGGAAAACUUUGUCACGUCAUAACUAUGUAUAUUUUGGGCAAGUUUUGCACCAUGGGGUUUUUGGAAUAAAUAUAUCUUGAGGUGUACAUUCAACUGCCAAACUUUGGGGGCAGUGCCAAAGUUACAUAAAAAAAUUUAUCAGAUAGUUUUUCCAGGAAUCGCUCCGUUUGCGUCCAUCAGUUCCAAUAAUAAUGCGUGAACUUGCAUCAGAUCAACAAAUUGGUGGAAUAAACAUUCCACACGGUGUCACAAUUCUCAUCAAUCAAUAUUUGGUUCAUCGCGAUCCAACACAAUGGAAAAAUCCCGAGAUUUUCGAUCCCGAUCGAUUUUUGCCCGAAAAUUCGGUUGGCCGCAAAUCAUUCGCAUUCAUUCCAUUUUCUGCCGGAAGUCGAAAUUGUAUUGGACAAAGAUUUGCGAUUUUGGAGGAGAAAGUGAUAAUGACACAUAUUUUGAGACAAUUUGAUGUGCAUUCGGUGGAGAAAAUGCACGAAUGUAAUCCGAAAAUGGAAAUUAUUAUGAGACCGGCUGAACCGAUACAUUUGUUGGUGAAAAGAAGACGACCAGUUGUUUCGUGGUAA